UUUUUCGGGUCGGACUCAUUUCCGGUUCCCCGCCGCCGCGUGUGUUUUUGUUUCGGAGGCUCCGUUUCACCGUGUCUGUGGGUCUGCUGGCGGCAACAUGCCGACCGGCGGCAGCUCCCUUUUCUCCGGUUUCCGGGUCUUGGGUCUUUACUCCAACCACGUGCCGCACGCGUUCCGGUACCACGCGAAGCACCGGGAGUUCUACCUGGUGACGGCGUCGGGACAGCGCUUCCACACUUUCAACGUGAACCGACUCGGCAUCGUAGCUGUGAGCAACAGCCUGCAGGAUGACAUCACCUGCUUGGCCGCAGACCGGAUGCUGGUGUUCGCAGCGACGGGUCGUCUGAUCUGCUCCUUCUCCAGGAACAAAGAGGUGGUCAUGCGUUACCAUGGUCACAAACAGGAAGUGCAGCUGCUUCUUCCUCUGGGCGAUCAGCUGAUCUCCUCAGACUGCGGCGGUGAAGUCAUAGUGUGGGACGUGCAGGGGGGGCACGUUUACCUCCAGCUGAAGUUUGACCCCCUCAGCUUUGCCGUGUCGGCCAUCAUGCAUCCCAGCACCUACCUGAACAAGGUGCUGCUGGGCAGCUCCCAGGGUGCAUUGCAGCUGUGGAACAUAAAGAGCAGUAAACUGCUCUACACUUUCACUGGCUGGUCAGCAGGAGUCACGGCGCUGCAGCAGAGUCCUGCAGUGGAUGUGGUUGGCGUCGGCACGGCGACAGGCCGCAUCAUCAUCCACAACAUCCGCCUGGAUGAGACCCUGAUGAGCUUCACGCAGGACUGGGGGCCGGUCUGCUCGCUGUCCUUCAGGACAGACGGCCCCCCCAUUGUGGCGUCCGGCAGUCCUCAGGGCCACAUUGCAUUCUGGGACUUGGAGCGUCGACAGCUCGCUGCCCAGCAGAGACACGCCCACAGGACAGCUGUCGCCGGGGCAACGUUCCUGCAUGGCGAGCCACUGCUGGUCACCAACGGGGCGGACAACGCCAUCAAGGUGUGGAUAUUUGACCAAGAAGGGGGCGGAGCCAGACUGCUGCGCAGUCGACAGGGUCACAGUGCCCCGCCCAUUGUCAUCCGUCACCAUGGCAACGAUGGCAAGAACAUCUUGAGUGCAGGUCAGGACGGGACGCUGCAGUCCUUCUCCACGGUCCACGAGCGCUUCAAUAAGAACCUGGGUCAUGGGUCUGUCUGCAAGAAGAAGGAGAAGAAAAAGAAGAAGGGCUUGUCUUACGAGGAGCUCCGCCUCCCCGCCAUCACUGCCUUUUCUUCAGCUGUCACGCGUCAGUCGGAAUGGGAUGGGAUCGUGGCGUGUCACCGCGGCCGCCUCGCCGCCACUACCUGGAGUUAUUACCGGUCCACCAUGGGGGCCCACCACCUGCAGCCGCCGGGAGCCAAGAGGGGAUCCUUCGCCUCGGCUGUAGACAUCACCGCCUGCGGGAACUUUGCCGUGAUUGGUUCAUCCUGUGGCCGCAUCGACGUCUACAACCUGCAGUCCGGCCUACACCGCGGUUGCUUUGGUGACGGAGGGAAAGCUCAUGACGGGACGGUGAGAGGACUGUCCGUGGACGCGCUCAACCACAUGACCUUCAGCAUCGCCUCCGAUUCGCUGCUGAAGUUCUGGCGCUUCAAGACAAAAAAACAGGAAGACGUUCUGCAGUUGAGUUCAGUUCCAGGGACCCUGAAGCUGCACAGAGAGAGUGGGAUGCUAGCUUUAGCAUUUGACGACUUCACGCUGGCCAUCGUGGACAUAGAAACCAGACGGACGGUCAGGAAGUUUGCCGGUCACCGUGGAAACGUCAACGACAUGACGUUCAGCCCUGACGGCCGAUGGCUGGUCACCGUGGCCAUGGACUGUACCAUCCGGACAUGGGACCUCCCCUCUGGCAGUCUGGUGGACUGCUUCCUUGUUGCCGUGGCGCCCGUCAGCGUGUCCAUGUCACCAACGGGAGACUUUUUGGCGACGGCUCACGUGGAUCACCUGGGCGUGUUUCUUUGGACCAAUAAGAGUUUGUGUGGACCUGUGGGGCUCCGCCCCCUCCCAGCUGACUACCAACCAGCCGAGGAGACGAUUCCCGGCAUUACUGCUGAGGACGAAGACCUUGAAGUGCCUUCAGAGGAGGCUGACGAUGUGUAUCAGUCAGCUGAGCAGUUGGGGGCGGAGCUUGUGACUCUGUCUCUGCUGCCCGAGUCCCGAUGGAAGAGUUUGCUGCACCUGGAUGACAUUAAGAGACGGAACAGGCCUACGGCGCCCCCCACCCCUCCGCCCUCUGCCCCUUUCUUCCUGCCCACACUUCCUGGUCUGACACCUCGAUUCAGCUUACCUGCAACAGCUGACUCGGACGCACAGUCCAAGGUACUGCCUUUGGGUUUGCUGGCUCAGAGGUCCGAGUUCGGUUCUGCUCUGGAAUCCGCUCAGCAGUCCGGGUCAUAUGAUCCACCGCUGCGCCUCCUGAAGGACUUGGGGCCAGCCGCGCUCUCUGUGGAAAUCACCUGUCUAUCAUCAGAGGGGGGCGGAGCAGGCAGCCUGCUGCAUGCCUUCAUCUGCAUGAUUGACAGCAUGCUGGCCAAGGGGCGGGACUUUGACCUGGCUCAUGCGUACCUGGCUUUGUUCUUGAAGCUUCAUUUGGCGGCGGUGGCGCAGGAUGCGGUUGCCAUGGAAGCCCUGCAGCAACUGGCAUCCCGGCUGGAGGCCGUGUGGGCGGAGCUUAGAGCCUCAUUCAAUCAAUCCUUGUGUCUGCUGUCGUACACCAAAAGUGCACUGCUGUGACACGCGUGUUCUGCACGUGCACAGACACGUGCACAGACUGUUGUUUUGAUUAAAGUUGUUGUUUCUUCA